CCAGGCCACCAUAAAGAGGCAUGCGCUCUUAGCUGUUGCUGUUUAGCUGAGGGGAGGUCAGUGGAUAUUUGCGCUUGCAUUGUGGUCAUGUCUAUGGACUGAUAGUGGCCUGUCACUUAAAAAGCAUCAGGACAGGAAUGCCUCUGCCACGACGCCGAUCCUCUUUUCUGGGCCAGGCUGCUUCCGAGCGGCCCGGUUGUGUGGGCCGCAUGAGUGCAGCAGGCACCUCUGCGCCUCGGGGAGUGUUUGUAGGCAUGGCUCCCACCGGAGGAACCAGCAGCCUGGGUACACGCGUGUCCCGCAGAGCUCUGGGCAUCAGCAGUGUGUUUCUGCAGGGCCUUAGAUGCACCAGUGUUCCUGUGGUGACCCUGCCCGGAGAUCGAGGCCACCAGUUUGGCUUCGACAGCCUCAAUACAUGCCUCCUGGAGUACCACGAUAAAGUUCACGCUCUGGAGCAACUCAACCAACAGCUGGAGGAACAGAUCAGACACUGCUUGGAUCGUAAAGCCAUCAGCGCUGGGACAUGGACUGGCCUAAAACAAGACUGGGAGGAUGUUUAUAUGCAGGUCAGUGAGGCUAUCCUGGACAAUGCUCGACUUAUGCUCCAGACUGAGAAUGUUCAAGCCAAUGCAGAGGACUUGAGAGACAGGUAUGAGAAUGAGCAGCCGUUCCGUAAAGCAGUGGAAGAGGAAAUUAACUCUCUGUACAAAGUCAUUGAUGAUGCAAACCUGAGCAGGAUGGACCUGGAGAAUGAGACUGAGAGCAUGAAGAAUGAGCUGAUGAAUCUGGAGCAAAAUCACAUUGAGGAUGUUAGAGUGCUCUAUAAGCAGAUAUCCGGCCAUGAGGUUGAUGAGCCGGAUGCUCCCACUGAGACCAGCCUGGACCAGAUUCUAGCUUUUAUCCGCUCCCACUGGGAGAAAGUCAUUGAGAAGAACCGUGCUGAGACUGAUGCCUACCUUGAGUGCAAGAUUUUUCUUUUAUGCCCAGAUAAUCACAAUGUUCUUCUAUACUGCAGGUUCCCCGGUGGUUCUUCAGUCCCUGAGGGACGAACUGAUCCCGCACCUUCCACAUCUGGGCCACAAAGCAGUCCACAGACUGAAGGUUCUAAUGCUCCUGGUGCUCCAGAAGAAAGCAAGCUGGAAUGAUAUAUAUAUUUUAUUAAUCUUUGCAAAAAGCUUGAUUUUCAUUUGUUUCUCUUCACUUGUAAUUUACACCAUCUAUAGACUACAUGAUUACUGUGCAGGUUAAAAAUAAAUAAAACUAAAGAUGCACUAGCUAAGAUUUUA